CUCUUGGAACCGCUUUCAGAUAAGACUGGCCCGUGAACUGGACACCUCCAGCCGCCAGCAAGAUGGUUCCAGUCCCUAUUUUGGGAACCAUGAACUUUGGCUCCGAGGGACAGGUGAAGCUUCCACAAGCACAGAGUUUCUUGAGCAGUUUCGUUGGCUCCGGCGUCACAAAAACUACAGAAGGAACUGCUAUGGUGGACACGGCCAGGAUGUACCAGAAUGCCUGUCCCGAGGGUGACACCGAAACCAUUUUGGGGCAGAUUUUCGAUAGCUUGCCAUCCCUCAGCCAACGUUGUCACCUUGCGACUAAGGCUUCUCCACAGUGGUCCCUUACAAAGGCAUCAGUCAUUGAGCAGUGCAACACCUGCUUGGAGAAAUUGGGAGUGGACUGCAUUGAUUUGUUUUAUUUACAUGCCCCAGACAUCAAAACCGACCUUGACGACACGCUGGAUGGCAUCAAUAUCCUCCACAAGGAUGGUAAGAUCAAGGAAUUUGGAUUGUCAAAUUAUCCUGCCUGGGCUGUGGUAGACAUUUGGCACCGCUGCAAGAACCGUGGCAUGGUGCUGCCCACUGUAUAUCAAGGUUUGUACAAUGUGAUCACCCGUGACAUGGAGCGAGAGAUUGUUCCAGUGGCUCGCCACUUUGGUCUGCGGUUGUAUAUGUACAAUCCAUUGGCUGGAGGUUUGCUGUCAGGCCGCUACAGCAAAAUGGAAGACGUGACUGGGGCGACCACUGGCCGUUUUUCUUCGGAGUUUGAUCAAGCCUUUGGCAAAACCUUCAAGGCUGGCACUGACAUCUACCGAAAGCGUUAUGCCAAAGAGCCAAUGUUCAAAGCCUUGGAGAUCCUUCUGAAGGCAUGCGGAGAAGCACCUUCCGUCGCCCCGGAAACCAAGCUGGUUUCCGACAACACCACCAACGUUGAUGGGCACAAAAUUCGGGUGGUGGUGUCGGAAACUUCCAAAGCACCAAGCCAACCAAGCACCAGCAUUGCCGAGGUGGCUUUGCGGUGGCUGAUUCAUCACAGUUACCUGCGAAAAGGAGAUGGCAUCAUCAUUGGGGUGUCGAAAGAAAGCCAUUUGGUGUCCAACUUGGCUGCAUGGAAAGCUGGCCCUUUGCCAGAGCCCAUUCUCGAAGCUUGUGAGGAGGCUUGGGAGCUCUGUCGGACCAGCUGUGAGCCAUAUUUCCGUGGCUAUGGUGCAAAAGCGGGAGGGAUCGAACACUUCCUGGCUUUGCAGGAUGAAAACGAUCAAGUGCCAGAGGAGAAGAAGAGGAAAGUAAGUGAAAAUGGGAGUUAACAAGGUAUGUUAGUCUACAAUGGUGCUAUGGCAUCUAUGGAUGCCUUUACAAAGCUCAGAGUCAAUCUGACAGCUGAGAUGGCAAACUGCGCAAAAGAUUCAUUUGCUGUGGCGGACCCUGAGCGUUGAAG